AUGGAUUGUAGAAACGUGAGUAUUGUCAUUGAAUUUAUCCUGCUGGACUUUCAAAUCAGGAAGGAGAUGGAGAUCAUUCUAUUUGUUGCGUUCCUGCUAAUGUAUGGGAGGUCUCUGAUUAGCAAUUCCCUAAUCACGAUCUUGGUGUGGACGAACCCUCACCUGCAUUCUCCCAUGUACUUCUUCGUGGCCAAUCUGUCCUUUCUGGAGAUCACCAUCACUUCCACAGUCGUCCCCAAGAUGCUGUCCAACACCUUCUCACAGACCAAAGCCAUCUCUUUGGUAGGCUGCCUCUUUCAGUCCUUCUUCUAUUUCCAUCUCGACUCCACAGAGUUCUUCAUCCUGGCCAUCAUGUCCUUUGACCGCUAUGUGGCAGUCUGCCUAGAACUGCUGCUUGGUUGCUAUGUUGGUACCUUCCUGGUCAUCCUUGUGCCCACCGUCAUGACCACUGGGCUGCCCUUCUGUGGUCCCAAUGUCAUCGACCACUUCUUCUGUGACAGCGCUCCAGUGCUGAAGCUGGCAUGUGUGGACACGACCCUGUCUGAGCUUGUGGACUUCGGCACCUCCAUGAUCUUGCUCUUGGGUUCUUUGCUGUGA